AUGCCAUCAGUGAGCUCUGAAAACCGAGCACUCACACAUCAGUCACCUACUCAACGACGCAAACGGAUCGUUGUGGCCAUGACUGGUGCGACAGGCGCAGUCUUGGGUAUAAAGUGUCUAAUUGCUUUGCGUCGCUUAAAUGUGGAAACACACCUGGUGAUGAGCAAAUGGGCCGAAGCGACCAUCAAAUACGAAACCGAUUACCACCCGUCUAAUGUGAAGGCUCUAGCCGAUCAUGUUCACUCCAUCAACGAUAUGGCAGCGCCGAUUUCAAGCGGCUCUUUCAAAGCAGACGGCAUGAUUGUCGUUCCUUGCAGCAUGAAGACGCUCGCUGCCAUCCACAGUGGUUUCUGUGACGAUCUCAUCUCCCGCACGGCAGACGUAAUGCUCAAAGAGCGGCGACGACUCGUCUUGGUCGCUCGGGAGACGCCACUAAGCGAGAUUCACCUGCGGAACAUGUUGGAAGUAUCCCGUGCCGGCGCAAUCAUUUUCCCGCCGGUUCCAGCAUACUACAUCCGUGCGGCAUCCGUGGAUGAGUUGGUCGACCAAAGCGUGGGGCGAAUGCUGGAUCUAUUUGACUUGGACACAGGGGAUUUUGAGCGAUGGGAAGGUUGGCAGCAUGCCGAGCGUUGA